UCUAACGUCACUCCAACUAGACACGCUUAUCGUGUUCGUCCAUGGCGUUGAAGUUGAUUUUGCUUUACUUUCUUUGGCCUCAUGUUAUUCAAUGAUCGGUCAUCGUGCUACACAACCCAAAGUUGCAUGUCACAACUGCCGUCGAGGUCGCCGGAGAUGCGAUCGUUCGAUUCCUACCUGCAUAAAAUGUCACUCAACCGGCCAAGUCUGUCUUGGUUACGGAUCCAUUCUUCACUGGACGAACAGUAUAGCAAGUCGAGGCAAAAUGAUGGGAAAGUCGUUUGCUGUCAUGAUGCCAUCGGGAUCACGGCUUGACAAUCCUCGUGACUGUAGUACUAGUCCAGUCAUCGCCUCAGCAUUUAUGUCGCCUCGAGACGAUGGAAGCCCAGCUUCCUCUGAUUCAGCAUCAAGCUGGUGUCUAGAACUAAACGAUCCUGUGUUUCACGAUUUGAGUCAAACGUAUAGAUUUUACUUGUCUUAUUACGACAGACAAGUAUGUAAGGACCUUGUGCUUCAUGAUUCCCCCACACGAAACCCAUUUCGGGACCUGUUAUCUCUUGCCGGCAACUUUACAAUCUUACAGCAUAUACUUGUUGCGAAUGCUGCCCUGCACCUUGCAAACGCCACAAAAAAUGAAGAAUUUACCUGGGAUGCACGAAAGGAAAUAUGUCCCAAGGCAUACAGAGACGCACUGGUGGCGAAACAAAAAGCGUUAUGUCUGCUUUCUGAAGCUCUGGCCGACUUCAAUUCCAUAAGUUCAGACAUUAUCCUGGCUGCCAUCAUGCUCUUCAUAAAAUUUGAGCUCUUGGAUUACGGGGCAAACGCAUGGAAGUUUCACACAGACGGUGCGAGACAACUUCUGGCAUACUUACGCCAAAACGGAAAGACAGACCUGUCUAUUACGACCGGUUUACGAAACUGUCUAAUUUCAAACUGUGUGGUCUAUGACAUUUUUGGCACCACGCUCACCGCUCCGAACAUGGAUAAUGACGGUUCCGUCUCUGAGUCUCUCCAGGAGCUCUACGAAAAUGCAGAAGUCCAGGCAAAUAUUUGUCUCUCCUGCCCCCCACUACUGCUACAAGUCAUCCGAGACGUUUCUCGUCGUUCUCCACUGCCUAGUUCUGAAAAGCUCCUAGCAGUCGUAGAUGCCUUUAAUCCAAAGGCGUGGGUCAGCUCCUUGCAACGCGUGUCGUCAUCAUUUGAUGUUGAGAUGCGCACCCACAUUGGUUUCGCAUAUCAAGCAGCAACGAAAAUUUACGUCCUAAGAGCCACUGUACCCUCUAAUCCCUUGAUCACCGACAGAGAUUCACUUGAAGAUCUCGUCUCUGAAGUUAUCGCUCACCUUAAGUACGUUCCGAUAGACGACCCUUUUUUCAAAACAACGUGUUGGCCGGCUUUCAUCGCUGGGGCCGAGACGAACGACGAGAAUAACCGUUCGUGGGUCUCUUACCAUUUCAAGAUGGGGCAGAAGACUUUGCCCUGGGGCUACCUAUCAAAUGCUCUUGACCUUCUACAACGUGUCUGGACAGACAAAUGCCGUCAAGAAACAAGGACGGAUUGGCUGAUGAACCUAAAAUUGUCGGAGAAUGACUGGCUCAUUGCAUAGUAGAGACGUGUAAAACUUGUGGAUGCGCAGAACGAAGCAAAGUGCAUUUGUGUCUGUACAUACUCUCAGACCUUAAUGAUAAACUCGUUCAGCUACAAGCAUGUCGAGUGGUG